AUGUCGGCCCCCGGAGGCCAGAACGGCCGUCCUUCCCGUUAUUGGCCCUCUGAUCGGGCAAUGGAGAGACACCGAACUUAUAUGAACUCUGUCAGGGAUCGCAGCAGUUAUGCAAUACCUGGAGAGCGUCAAGACUCCUCUAGCUCUUCUCAACCCUCGGCCUUCGGUCCGGAUACCCCCCCUGAAGAUGUCGAAGGAAUAGAAAAUUAUCGGCGCGCAAAACGACGGAAGCUAGAUUCCGACAAGGUAUCGCCAAGCUAUAAAAACGUUCUGUAUGGCAAAUACGGUCAGGUGGAACCGGGUCCGCUUCUAUUAGAGAUCGUUAGCUGUGAUGGCGGCAUAUUCAGGGACGGCCGGGCAUAUGUGGCGGAGAAUAUCCUGCAAGACGACGCUUCGGUGUACUGCACAAGGACAAACCGGUGCAAUAUCAUUCUGCGACACCAAGGUAGUACUGUCUUCAGUUUGAAGGAGUUGGUCAUCAAAGCACCUGGCUCACAUUACUCUCAACCAGUCCGAGAGGGGAUGGUGUUUGUCUCGAUGGAACAUGACAACCUGCUGAAGCGUACAGCGCAGUAUCAGAUUCAGUAUGAGCAGCCUUCGAAUCCACAGCCCCGGGCAUCACGCGACACUGGAACAAUCUACUCCCUUAGAUACGACGAUGAGGGGCGGAUCGCACAGUACCCCUCGAGGUAUCGACGCGAUUACAUAUCUGAUCUGAUCAACACCAUAGAUAAUGACGAUGAUGACGAUGAAGACCAAGCAACAGCCGCGCUACCACCCGAAUUUUCGACCGCAUCCCAACCGUUUAAUGUUACGGCCGAAUGUAGUGACGAUGAAAGCGAAGGAGACGAGAAUCACGUACGCCGUAGGCGGACCCCCAACAGGAUUGGGGCUUUGCCUUUCGAAAGCGACAGCAGUGAUGAUGGAAGGGACCCAUGGAAUCCCACCAGUUUGGACUGGCCGAAUGAUAUCACGCGUGCGCAGCACUCUGCUAGUUGGCGCAACGAGUACGGCACGGCAACCCCGGCGCUGGAGCGAGCCCGGGAAGCCUCGCAGGUGGCCACGCAGGAGGCGGUAGGAGCCGUUGGCGGAGCGCUCAUGUCUCCGCUGGCUCAGUUCCACAUUGAGAAGGACAAGAACAAGUGCACCAUCAAGUUCAAUCCGCCGGUGAGCGCGCGGUACAUCUUGCUUAAGAUGUGGAGUCCACAUCCGGAUCCUCUUAAGAAUAUUGAUAUUCAGGGGGUUAUCGCGAAGGGAUUUGCUGGUCCACAGCUAUUUCCCGCUCAAACACUGCAAUGA